CGGCUCCGGUUUCAGGCGCUGCUACAGGGACCCCCAAGAUGGAAACGCAGGGGCUGCCCGCCGCGGAGGCGGCCCGGGCCCGGCCCGGCGCGCAACAUGGCGGCCCCGCUGCGCCGCCCGCCGCCCCGCGCCGCCCGCAGCCCGACUGGGACCCCUCGCCCGCCGCCGCCGCUUCCUCCUCCUCCGCCGCGGCCUCGGGCCUCUACGUGAGCUUCCCGGUGCUGCUGGUGGAGGAGAAGCCGGAGGCCAGCCCGGCGCCCAGCCCCUGCGCGCCGCCGGCGGGGCCCGCUCCCGACAACGACGGGCUCCUGCUCGUCCUCAACGUGGUGCGGGGCGCGGCCGAGGCCGGCCCGGGAGGCGGCGAAGCGGGACGCGCCCAGCCCGGCCCGGUGCCCGCAGAGCCACCGCCACCGCCGGAGGAGGAGGAGGCCUCCGGAGCGGUACCUCCGCCGCCGCCUCCCCCGCCGCUGCCCUCCGCCGGCGGCGAUGGCAGCGGGGCGGAGGACGGCUCGUUCUCGGGGACCAUCACCAUCAACAACCAGAGCCUGGUGGUGCGCAUCGAGAACGGCGUCCUCACGCUGGGCCCCGGCGCCGAGCAGGCCGCGGGCACGGCUCCGCCGCCUCCCCCCGCCGCCAACGCCGCCGCUGCUGCUGCCAGCCCCGCCGAGCCGCCGGGCGGGCCGCGGCCGCGCUCUCCUCCGGCCUUCCCGUGCCCGGAGCCGCGCUGCGGCGAGGCCUUUCCCCGCAAGCAGCAGCUUCGGCUGCACCGCCUCUCGGCGCACGGUGGUGGCGGGGAGGAGGAGCGCGGUGCGGCGGCGCGGCCCUUCUGCUGCCCGGUGCCGGGCUGCUCCUGGUCGUUCGCCACGGCCUACAAGCUGCGGCGGCACCUGCACUCGCACGACAAGCUGCGGCCCUUCGCCUGCGCGGCGCCCGGCUGCUCCAAGCGCUUCACCACCGUGUACAACCUGCGGGCCCACAGCCGCGCCCACGAGCAGGAGGCGGCGCACAAGUGCGAGCUGUGCGGGCAGCGCUUCCCCAGCGCCGCCCGCCUGGCCGCGCACCGCCGCCGCAGCCACCUGGAGCCCGAGCGGCCCUACCGCUGCGACUUCCCCGGCUGUGAAAGGACGUUUAUCACAGUGAGUGCAUUAUUCUCCCACAAUCGAGCCCACUUCCGAGAGCAGGAGCAGUUCUCCUGCUCAUUCCCUGGCUGUAACAAGCAGUAUGACAAAGCCUGCCGAUUGAAAAUCCACAUGAGGAGCCACACAGGUGAAAGGCCUUUUAUCUGUGACUUCGAAGGUUGUGGCUGGUCUUUCACCAGCAUGUCCAAGCUGCUGAGACAUAAAAGGAAGCAUGAAGAUGACAGGAGAUUUAUGUGCCCAGUAGAAGGCUGUGGGAAGUCCUUCACAAGAGCAGAACACUUGAAAGGCCACAGUAUAACUCACCUUGGUACAAAACCAUUUGAGUGCCCAGUAGAAGGCUGUUGUGCAAAGUUUUCAGCACGAAGUAGCCUGUAUAUUCACUCCAAGAAACAUCUUCAGGAUGUGGACUCCUUAAAGACUCGUUGCCCUGUCCCCAGCUGUAAUAAGUUUUUCACUUCCAAACACAGUAUGAAGACGCACAUGGUCAAACAGCAUAACUUCAGCCCAGAUCUCCUCACUCAGCUCGAAGCAACCAGCUCCCUCACACCCAGCAGUGAACUCACUAGUCCGGGACAGAGUGAUCUCAGCAACAUAGACCUUGUAUCCCUCUUCUCCAACGUGUCUAGUAACAAUUCUGGAAUUGCAACAGACAUGGCACUGGUGAACUCUGGAAUUGUCACCAUUGAUGUUGCUUCGGUGGGCUCAACACUGGGAGGAAACCUCCCUGUCAGCACCAGUUCUCUGAGCCAGGCUGUCGACCCCUUGAUACUGGUGACGAGCAGUGAUAUGCCACAGAGUCUGGACAGUUCUCUCUUGCUGGGAACCAGUACAACAGUUCUACAGCAAAGCACUUUAAAUUUGGAGGAUGUGCAGACUGUCAAUGCAGAAGCCUUGGGUUCCCUAGCAUCCCUAUCGGUGAGGAAUUCCAGCCAAGAUGUGCACGGUUUGACAUCCAGCAAUAAUCUAACCAUCGACACAGCCACUUUGACUCCUUCUAGUAGCCUCGGCAGUACCAAUGUGCCUGAGUUACUAACACCGACUAAAGCUGAACGCAAUCUGCUUCCGAGCUCGGAUGUUGUUGGUCAACAAGAGGGCAGCAAAGUAGUGACACAGUUUGUCUUCUCCAACCCUCCAGGGAGCUACAGCGCGCAGAAAGAAAUGGACCUUGGCCCUGUAACUGGCACCUCAUUUUUGGAGAGCAGUGGAUCUGCAAGAACAGACUACAGAGCCAUUCAGCUAGCGAAGAAAAGGAAACAAAAAGGGAAUGGGAGCAGCACAGCAGCAUCUGGCUCUGGUCAGAGGAAAAGCAAGGGUGGCAAAGUGAGCCCUACCAACUUCUCAUCAUCCACUCCUGGCAGUCGACUGGGUGGCAACAUAGUUCUGCCAAAUGGAGGGCUGACAAUAAGGGACCCUGCCACUGGAGCCCAGUAUGUGCAAAUUCAGCUUCUUCAGGAUGAUUCCCCAGGAGAGGGGGAUUUGCCCUUUCAACUGAGUUCUCAGUCUUCCUCGUCGCAUUCUCAGCUUACAGUGGAUUUACCUGUUCACAUACUUCAGGAACCACACAAUUCCACUGAAGAUGAUGCAGGUUCUGAUAACUCUCAGUUCACUGGAAGCACAAUAAACUUACAGGAUCUGGAAUGACCAUUAUUAAGAAGAGUUACUUGAAAACAAGUUGGGCAAUCAUGUCUUGACAGAGUGAGAUGACUGUGGUGGGUCUUUUUCCAAGGAAAAUAGGAAAACCAGGAGUGCUGGAUGAUGACUGCACUCUUGCAAUGUGCUAGGGACAGUUGCAGCUGAAAGAUGUUCUUACAAGAUGUAAAUCCCACUUGAUGUGCCUGUGUAAGAUACCCUGUCUGCCUGGAGGCUGGCGAGGCUGAGGCAGACUGCUGUACAGUGUUGUUUCAGGGAGAAGUACUGUAUUAAACUUCAAACUGAGGUAAUAUUUACUGUUUUCACAGGAAAGCAAGUAUUCUACAGCUAACACGAACAAAUUCAUCCUGCCUACAACAGUUCAAACCUUCCUUCUGCUGGUCUCCUCUGGAGCCAGUGGCCUUGAGGAAUUAAGAGCUAACCUUUGCAAGUGUUCUUCCAUACACACACACACACACACACACAAGCAUUUGUUUUGGCCCCUGUGUUUUGGCAGAAAAAUGGACUAAAAGUGUCACACGUAACAAAACGAAAUGUCCCACACCAUGAAAACGAGAUGCCCUCAACUCUUUGUUAUAGGAACUUAGAUUCUAACUGUUACCUUAGCUGUGAAUCCGUUUGUAGCUCAUGUUGAGUUUCUCCCUUUCCUCGCUCCUGCAUCCCAAAUACUUUGCUGAAUUCUUCCAGCACAACUUGAAAACUGCAAUAGAACUGUACUCACUGCAAGCGAGGAGUGAGGAGUCCAACAGCAUCCGAGAGGUUCGUUUCAGCUUUGUGUUCCCUUUCCGGGGAGGAAUGUUGACCGUCACGUAAAUUGAAGCACCUUGAUUUUAUCUCAUCUAUAAACUGCUGCCAAGUUACCUGGGAGCUGGCCACUACUUUUUUACUUUGGGUUGGGUUGUUUUGUUGGGGAUUUUUGUAUGGAACACUGUUUUAACACUUGUUCUUUCUUGCUAUCCCAUACAUGUUGAGCUUCCAACUGGUUUACAGACUAUUCUGUGGUCAAGGGUAUUUUAUGGGGGGAGACAGUUGUUACGUAGGAAGAUUUGCCCCACUGAAAGCCUGCAGUUUCUCUUGGGGGCGUGGGGAGAGGUUGUAUGUACUGUACUUACCUGGAUGGCAGACACCUAAAUAACCAUAGGGUUGUACAGGAAACAAGAAAACCACCUUUGGUUACAUUUUAAGGUAGUAAUUUAAAUGUUUCUCAUGAUGAUGUACUGAAUGCCUAUCAAAUGAUGUAUAGGACUUUGCUAAGGGGGUGUAUGUGCUGGGUUUUAUUCUCAAUGAGGUGUGUGUAUGCACAUAUGUGUAUUUUUGUACACAAUAAGAUACACAGGAGAAGGUUGUGAUGUUUCUAACCUUGCAGAUAUUUAUUUUACAGUCAGACUGGUGUUGAACUCACACAAGGUCAUUCAGAAAUGCUUUUACUUCCUGUGCCUUUUGAACAAUGUAUGUGUUCAGAUCACGGCUUUGUCCUGCUUGAGCACCUGGGGAGAGAGGAAAGAAAGCAUACAGGUUGCCUCCACCUUCACAUCCUGGUUUAUAGGCAGUGUUACAUCCUUUGGUUGAACCAGUUUUAUUUUCCUAUCUUUAGUGUUGAGGUCUCUCUCUUCCUCUCAGCCUUAGUUUACAGUUUAUGUCCAGGAAUCUCUUAACCCUCUCAGGUUGGGUUUCCAAACCAGACUCAUUUGGUAGAUGCAGUCUUCUUCAUGGUGGCUGUGGCUGCAGCAUGGAGUCCACUCCUGAGAGGUAGAAAGGUUGAGGAGGAAUCAUCUGGAGGGACAGCUGCGUUUUGCUCUAGUGGUCACCGUGCUUUCCCUGGAAGCUGAGAUGCCUCAAGCUCCUGAUGCCUGCAUUAGCAUUGCACAGUUCUCAAGGACCAUACCAGUUCUGAAUCUAUGACAAUGGCCAAGGAACACUCCAUCUUUUUAUGGGACUUCCAACCAAAUCUUUCUACUUCUGAAAAUGUACCUCACUCAGCUUUGUAAGUGAAUGUAAAGUGCUAACCUCUUGGGGCCGAAAAUGGGAUCACUUGGCUUGGACUCCAUUGCUGGCAAUGGAUACCUGACGAACUGCUGGUGCAAAAGGGUUAAUAAAGCUUUUUUUUUUAUGGUCA